AUUUCCCUCUCUUCUCUAACCAAUAUUCUUCUUAAAACUUUUUCAACUUUUUUUUCCUUCAAAAACAAAAUGGAGAUUUUGAAGUUAUGUAUAAUAAUUAUUUCAUUAAUUAUAGUAAGAGUAGAAGGUAGAAUUCCAGGUGUUUAUAGUGGUGGAUCAUGGCAAAAUGCUCAUGCUACUUUCUAUGGUGGUAGUGAUGCUUCCGGUACUAUGGGGGGGGCAUGUGGUUAUGGAAAUCUUUAUAGCCAAGGCUAUGGAGUAAACAAUGCAGCAUUAAGCACAGCAUUAUUCAACAAUGGACUAAGUUGUGGAGCUUGUUUUGAGAUCAAAUGUGACAAUGAACCACAAUGGUGCCAUCCUGGGAGUCCUUCCAUUUUAGUUACUGCAACUAAUUUUUGUCCCCCAAAUUACGCGUUGCCCAAUGAUAAUGGUGGUUGGUGUAACCCUCCUCGUACUCAUUUUGAUCUCGCCAUGCCUAUGUUCCUCAAGAUCGCUGAGUAUCGUGCUGGUAUUGUCCCGGUAGUUUAUCGUCGGGUGCCAUGUAGGAAGCAAGGUGGAAUAAGGUUCACUAUCAAUGGUUUUAGUUACUUCAACUUGGUUUUGGUGACGAAUGUGGCGGGUGCCGGUGACAUUACAAAGGUUAUGGUGAAGGGUACGAGGACGAACUGGAUCACAUUGAGUCGUAAUUGGGGUCAGAACUGGCAAACGAACUCCGUGUUGGUUGGUCAGGCGUUGUCAUUCAGGGUUACAGCUAGCGAUAAACGUAAAUCCACCUCGUGGAACAUAGCCCCAUCCCAUUGGCAUUUUGGUCAGACAUUUGUUGGAAAGAACUUUAGAGUCUAAAUAGGGGUAAUGAGGUGAUUGUAACACAGUAUGUAAGACUUGUGGUUCAUGUACUUUUUUGAGUUUUCUUUGUGUAGGCACUAUUGAUUUUGGGUUUUCUCUUUUGGCAUUUUAACCUCUUUUUUAUAUGAUCUGGUGUAUGUAGAAGAGCUGAAGUGGCUGCAGAAACAUGUAGCCCGCAGCUGUUCUAAGAACAAUGUACUAGUAUCAGUAUAAUGUUUUGUAGUACUUGAUGCUUGGGCAGUGUAUUUACUUUAUUUUCAGGUAUAAUCGAAAAAUCUACCUUUCUUUUGGUA